CCACCACCUGUGCACCUGCCACCAUGAAGGCCUCUCUCGCCACCAUCGCCCUCCUCGUCCUGGCUCUCGGCUGCACCGCCCAGGCCGUGCAGGUCGAAGAGAACGGAUUGACUUUCUCCCUGGAAGCCGUCAAGAGGCUCCAGGAGCUGACGGAGAUCAGCCUAGCGAAGGGACAACUGAGCCCCCGCCUCAGGGCGGGCCCUGCGUCCCUGUGUGCCGACCCCAUGCUCCCCCAGGAGCUGCUGCCCCUCUGUAGGCAGCGGGGAGCCUCGGCCUCCCUCAGCAGACUGACUGCGAUUCCCAUGGACGUCUGUGAGAUCUGCGCCUUCGCCGCCUGCACCGGCUGCUAAACCCAAAAAACGCAGCCGGCCAGAAAUCCUCUUGCCCAGCUUGAGACUUGUGAUUCUUCUCCUCCUCCUUCGAAAUGACAUCAGGGAAUUCCUCAAUGUUUGCUGUUGAGAUGAUGACCUUAUGUCCCCUGAAAACAAGAGGCUCUGACUCUGGCCCAUUGGGCACUUUAUGCAUUUUUAAAGUUGCCGUUAGACAUAAAACUACCCCGAAAAAAGAAAUCGGAUAAACUGAGGUAUGUUUUUUUGUAAUGUUACUGUUCCGUAUGACGACGUUCUGCAUCAUACAUUUUAUUUUUUGGAAUCGACUGUUUGUUACAUUUCUA